AUGGAUGUCAAAGAGGAAGCGAUGGUGGCGUUCGAACAGUUUGACGUCAGAAAGCAACGGGAAACACCGCAAGGAGCUGAUCUACCUCAAGCUUCAGUUUUGGUCCCUCUGUUCGUGAAGAAUGGCAAAAUACAUACGCUCAUGACAAAGCGCUCCGACCAGCUGAGGACGAGCGCGGGUGAAGUGUGUUUUCCUGGCGGCAAGCGGGACCCCAGCGACGAAGACGAUGUGCAGACCGCCUUGAGGGAAGCUCAGGAGGAGAUCGGUUUACCUCCGGGUGACGUUCAUGUAAUCUGCACACUGCAACCUGUCAUCUCAAAGAACGGUCUUCUGGUUACUCCAGUGGUGGGCUUCAUCCCAGAGUCCUUCCAGGCUCGUCCCAACCCCGCCGAAGUCAGCGCCGUCUUCGCUGCCCCGCUGGAAUUGUUUGUCGGACCCUUCGUUGCCGGGGAGACCGCAUCGUGGGUCUCCUUUGACUUCGUGGAGCCCGACACGGGAGUAAAGUAUCGUAUUUGGGGUCUGACCGCCAUGGUGGCCCUGGUGGUCGCCGCAAUUGCUCUCAAGACCAAAGACGACGGUUUCAACGUGGAGGAUUUGAUGUUGAGGUUAAGACAAAGAAUGAGGGCUCGGAGUAAACUGUGA